AUGUUAGUUGUUGUAGCAAAUCAUUGUUGUGGAAUAGCGGUAGGAAAGCAGACAGCUCAGCGGCGUAUAGUUGGUGGAGACGACGCUGGUUUUGGCACCUUCCCCUGGCAAGCAUACAUCAGGAUUGGAUCAUCAAGAUGCGGAGGUUCUCUGAUCUCCCGACGUCACGUCGUCACCGCCGGCCAUUGCGUAGCUCGUGCUCAGCCACGUCACGUCCGCGUCACCCUCGGGGACUACGUCAUCAAUUCUGCCGCUGAACCUCUGCCAGCUUACACCUUCGGCGUUAGGACUAUCAAAGUGCAUCCUCUGUUCAAGUUCACCCCCCAAGCGGAUCGGUUUGACGUGGCUGUGCUUACCCUGGAUAGAAAUGUGCAUUAUAUGCCACAUAUAGCACCAAUCUGCCUUCCUGAACGUGGCUCCGACUUCCUCGGGCAGUACGGCUGGGCGGCAGGCUGGGGAGCCCUCAGUCCUGGCUCGAGGCUUCGCCCGCGGACCCUACAAGCUGUCGAUGUUCCGGUACUAGACAACAGGGUCUGUGAGCGGUGGCAUAGAGCUAAUGGCAUAAACGUCGUAAUCUACCCCGAGAUGCUGUGCGCCGGAUACCGAGGAGGGGGUAAAGACAGCUGCCAAGGUGACAGCGGAGGGCCCCUGAUGCUGGAAAGGGCAGGCCGUUGGUACCUCAUUGGGGUGGUAUCGGCGGGGUACUCGUGCGCAUCUAGAGGCCAGCCGGGGAUUUACCAUAGGGUAGCCCACACGGUGGACUGGAUCUCACACGCCACCACGCUAUCAUAG